AUGACCAAGGCAGCACUGAAUUUCCAGUCGAAGUCAGUGGCUGGACUUCGAUCCUGUAUCGAGAAGAAUGCGAUACAAUGCCUCGAUCUUCUGACGACAAUACUUUCUCUGCUUUUAAUCGAGAUGACUCAUGGCAGCAGUGGUUUCUGGAGAUAUCACCUGGAAGCCGCUUCGAGGUAUCUUCGGAGCGAGGGCUUUUUUGAACUGUGGUCACAGUCUAGUGACGCAUGGUUUGCGGCUCAGAGCUUCAUGCUGCUUAUCACAGGCGGUCGAUCCGUUGCCCCUCGGGCUUGGGAGAACAAUACCUUGGCAGAUGGUCAAGCAUCCCUAUUCAUUGCUGGAUUGACCGAGUCUCAAGAUUAUGGGUGGACUUUAGGCGCCUCAAACUCGGUAAUGAAAGCAAUCGACGCAAUACAAGCUACAGCCGGACAGAUACGCAGAAAAGGGGUGCAUGGAACAGCAGUUGUUGCGCCACUGCAUCUCACGCAGUUUAUAUCAGAGUGCGAGCAGGACGCGCUAGGGACGGAGAGCGAUCUGCUGAUGGGAAGCCUACACAAGUCGACACCAGAACAGUUGCAUCUACACGCCUUCAAGACCGCUACCGUCAUCUACUACUACCAAGCUUGCAAAGAAGUCACGCCCAGGUUUCUCCUACGAUAUGUCCGCUCAACACUCGAUAGUCUGAUGGCUUUUUGUACGACGUGCGAAGGUGCUUUCACGCUCUGGCCACUUAUAGUCUCAGGCACGGAAGCGUAUCAGCAACAUCAUCAGGACCUCGUCCUGAACUUGUUGGAUCAUGCCGCCAAACGCGGCAUAAGAGAUGUGACGAGGCAUAGACGCUUCAUUGAACAGGUCUGGCACAUUCGGGAAACCGAGGCUACUGAAAGCGCUGCCAAUGUUGCGGAUGUCAGAGUAGAUUGGAAGGAUGUCAUAUAUGAACAUUCCUUAGAUCUCUUUGUGUUCUGA